UCGGGCACCGCGUGGGGAGGCGGCGCCGCGCAGCCAUGGCGGAGCUGGAAGGCCCCGAGAGCCCCCGGCGGUCGUCAGGCGGGAGGAAGAUGUCCCUGCAGAGGUGCGAAACAUGUAGCAAAGAGGAAGCUAAGUACAGAUGUCCACGAUGCAUGAAAUAUUCCUGCAGUCUGUUGUGUGUAAAGAAGCAUAAACUUGCACUGAGCUGUAAUGGAGUCAGGGAUAAAACAGCGUUUGUCUCUGUAAAUGAAUUUACUGACUUGAACCUGUUGAGUGAUUAUCGCUUCCUGGAAGAUGUAGGAAGGACAGCUGAUGCUGCUGCUCGGCAUCUUGCUGUGCAUCGUCCGCUACCGAGAAGACUUUUAUCUUUGAGAAACAAAGCUCAGAAGUGCAAUAUUGACCUGAGAAUGCUGCCCAUUGGAUUUACAAAAAGAAGAGAAAAUUCAACCACCUUCAAUUCCACGGAGAAUAAGUUCUACUGGCAUUUGAAGCUCGUAUUUCCUCACUGUCAUGCUGAAUACACUUUAAAACGGGUGCCUGACGAUAAAACUCUUGCUGAUAUCCUUAAGCCAUACAUUGAUCCAGUGGAGUCAGAUCCUGUGGUUUGUCAAAGAUUAAAAAUCUAUACAGCGUCUCCUCAGUCAGAUGUACGAAUUUUAAUGAAAAUAGAAAACAGGAGACAAAACUCUGUCAGGUACAAUGAACUGGAUGCCAGUAGAAGCCUCCUAGACAAUUUGAAAGGCAAAGUAAUAAUUGAGUAUCCAACGUUAUUUGUGGUCUUGAAAACAUUGAAGAAUGACAUGAUGGUUCUUGGCCAAGAUGCCAGUGAAUCUGCAGAGAGUUCGGACGGUGAAAGUUCCUCCCUUUCAUCUAUGGAAGAAGGGGAAAUUCGGGACAGUUCAUGAUGGUUCUUUGAGAGAAGAGGGCGGAAUUAGACUUUUUUUUUUUUUUUUUAAGUUCAUUAAACCUUUUUUUAUA